UUCAAAUCCCUGUCGUGGCAGCACGGGCAAGGCAGAGGACUUUUCUCCCUUUCAAACUUAAGGGGAAACCCCUCCACCGAUAGCCUAGUACACGCGCUAAAGAUCAAAUGGAGGACUUUGGGAGGAGGAAACAUUAAUUUGAAGGCACACUGUGGCUCACUGUAUGCACGAGUGUCUCCACACUUGCACUGGAUACACGACGCAGGACGUUUUGACUUGUCUGCGACUCGCAGGAUCGCCGCGAUCUCUCUGAAACACGCCAAACGUUCACACGGACGGCGGACUACAGUCCCAGCAAACCCCGGCCUGGGGAAACCAUUAACCAGAGACAAAGCACAACAGAACACUGACCUCAUCACAUAUUGCUGAGUUGGAGAGCGAGGUGGGCUUGGUUUGCGAGCUUCGCUCCGCAGAGCCGUCCGAUGACUGUCUGACUCAUCACAACCCGCGAAUGACAGGCGUGCAUUCGAGGGUGGGGCCCGCCUCAGUCUCACAUGAUUGGCUGCUGGAUGGAAAUAAGGUGAAUGGAACACAUGCCCAAGGAGCAGGACCCAAACCAAUCAGAGGGAGAAGAGAAACGGUGGCUCCAUGGCCCGAAAAGGAAGAGAAAGAACAGUCAGUGUUCGGUGAAGAGCAUGUCUGGGUACAUCCCCAGCUAUCUGGAGAAGGAUGAGCCGUGUGUUGUGUGUGGAGACAAAGCUACCGGCUAUCACUACCGCUGCAUCACCUGCGAGGGCUGUAAGGGAUUCUUCAGGCGCACCAUCCAGAAGAACCUCCACCCCUCUUACUCCUGUAAGUAUGAUAGCUCAUGCAUCAUCGACAAGAUCACCCGCAACCAGUGCCAGUUGUGCCGCUUCAAGAAAUGCAUCGCCGUGGGCAUGGCCAUGGAUCUGGUUCUAGACGACUCAAAGCGGGUUGCAAAGCGGCGCUUGAUUGAGGAGAACCGUGAGAAGCGGAAAAAGGAGGAAAUGGUCAAAUCCCUGAUGAAUCGGCCAGAACCCACCAGCUCAGAGUGGGAGCUGAUACAUAUGGUGACAGAAGCUCACCGCCACACCAAUGCACAGGGCUCUCACUGGAAACAGAAACGCAAGUUCCUGCCAGAGGACAUCGGACAGUCUCCGGUGGCCCCCACAUCAGACGGGGACAAAGUAGAUUUGGAGGCCUUCAGUGAGUUUACCAAGAUCAUCACCCCAGCCAUCACACGUGUUGUUGACUUUGCCAAAAAACUGCCCAUGUUUUCGGAGCUUCCUUGUGAGGAUCAGAUCAUCUUGCUGAAGGGUUGCUGUAUGGAGAUUAUGUCCCUUCGUGCUGCGGUUCGGUAUGACCCGGAAAGCGAGACCUUGACCCUGAAUGGAGAGAUGGCUGUCAAACGAGAGCAGCUAAAGAAUGGAGGACUGGGCGUUGUGUCUGAUGCCAUCUUUGACUUAGGCAAGAGUCUAGCGCAGUUCAACCUGGAUGACACAGAGGUGGCCCUGCUGCAGGCCGUACUGCUUAUGAGCUCAGAUCGCACAGGCUUGACAUGUGUGGAGAAGAUCGAGAAGUGCCAGGAGAUGUACCUCCUGGCGUUCGAACACUACAUCUACUAUCGCAAGCACAACAUUCCCCAUUUCUGGCCCAAGCUGCUGAUGAAGGUGACGGACCUGCGCAUGAUCGGAGCCUGCCAUGCCAGCCGCUUCCUGCACAUGAAGGUGGAAUGCCCUACUGAACUCUUCCCCCCACUUUUCCUGGAGGUCUUCGAGGAUCAGGAUGUGUGACGUCCCAGUGAGAUGCAGAAGGAGAAUCAACAACGUUUUGUAUCUCGUGUUUCUCUACCCGUCUCACACCCGUCCACGCACCAAACUCACCAGCAGCAGCUGAAUUGGCAGGGGUCAUCUUCAGAAAGUCUUUCAUACAGGGAGUUUACUUUUUAUAUUUUGCUUUUUGCUCAGCCCUCCCUCAUCCACUAAAUUCCCCACGCAUGGCCCUUCUGUCUCGGCAUGAUGUCUUGGUUACUGGUUGGAUACUGGUUUACCAACACCUUAGAAACAGAAUAUACAUCUACACACACUCCUGUAAGUGUGCUUACAGAUGCAGUACUCAUGCAACUCAAAUCCUCUGAUGAUGCAUUUGUACACGUACAGACAGCACUACUGUCAUGCCACCACUGGAGGUGCCCUCUGCUAAGACUGGAUGGCAGCUGGCAUAUAGAUUCCUCCGCCAGGUCGUGAAGUGGUCAGUUAAUUUCAUCGAUUAAAAUCUCAGUUCUUGUGAGAUAAACCGUCGGUAUUUCAAGCUCCGCGCUAACAUGAAUCUUCUUUAAUUAACAGACCUCAUGAUUCUCUCCGAUAUUGAGCCUGUGUGUGAAGUGGGAGGAAUUUUUGAACCAAAUCAGGUGCUAUAUUUAAAUAAAGCUACUCAAAAUGAUUUGUGAUUUUUCGAGAACAUACCCUCCUCCCUUCUCUGUAGGACACGGACCAUUGAAAGCUCUCAGUCGCCAUUUUAGUGUACAUUCAAGUGUGCCGCUCAGUGACUUUGUGUGCAGUUCAUUCUUGCCGUUGUGUGGGCUUAUUUGUGGGCUCCUUGAGCCCCUUUUUGUCCCUGGAAAGUCACACAGAGAAAUGGAAUCCAGGCACCCCUACAUCUCCAAUCCGCACUGAUUUGUGUGUUUUACAGGUGUCGAGAGGGAGCCAGUAUUACCGUACUCCUAGACCCAGCACACACAAACAUACUGAAACACACACCUCAAAACUCGAAUGCCUCAUUUUUACUGUAUGCACUGCAGUGCUGUGGUUCUGGACUCCCAUGCAGGGCUUUGAGAGUUCAGUCCAGCCCAUCUGUGUUCCGCUCAGAUGCUACUGUUGCCCGGUCUGUGUGAACACACACGCACACUCCUGACGGGCCAUGGCGGACUGGCUGUUGUUGAUGUUUUUUCUUUGUGUUGUUUUUGUUUUACCUCAAAUGUGGUCACAUCUUUGGCUGGCUGUGGCUUAAAGACUGCCUCUGUGCUGACAGGUUCUACCUCACCUCUGGACACAGGGCAGCGACCCUCAGCCACACACACACAUUUAAACACACCUACACACACUUGUAUCCUCACACACUGACAGCCAGGAUAGAAACACUCGGAGACACAGUUUCUUCUCGGUUACGUUGAAAUACCACUGUAGACAGGAGGGCCUGCCAUUCCUCAUCGUAGCCUGUCAGAUUUCUCCGAGAUGGCUGAGAGAAAAAACUAUUAUUGGGUGGACUUUCUUUGUUUCUUGUUUUUCUUUUCAUGUGGGACCAAGUGUCACUUCAAUUUCCGUCAAAACCGAAGCUAGUUUUCAGAAGACGGCAAACUAAACCAUACAUGUUGCUGACUACGAAGAGGAGCCAUGGAGAGAACAACAGAUGAAGGACCCGAGGUGACCAGGCCUGAACCGAAUAGGUCUUUCACUGUUUCCUUUUCAGUACCAAGCAGUAAUUUGCAAAGUGGAGAGAGGGGUUGGCUGGUUUCUUCAGGGUGGUGCAGUGGACGCAAUGAAGCUAGCAGUUGAAUGAAAGCACUUAGCUUUGAAAGAGCCAAAUCUUCAGAGACAAUUCAACCCCUGGCACCUUUUAAGGAGUUUUUGCACUAAGGCAUGAUGGGUCCCACCCUCCAGCUCCUCCAGCUCAGUCGCAUGUUUUCCAAGGACACGCCCCCAACCUCUCUGUCAAACAGAGGCCACGCCUUUAUGUGCUCCUGAGCACACCGUCGGAGUCAGUAUUAAGUCAAGCAAAGUCCCGGUCAUGUUCUUUCUCAACAAAUGACGAAACACUCAAACACACAUUCACAAACAGACCUCUGUGUCCCCGCACUCUCGGAAGUCAGAAGUGGCUUGAGAUGAACACCCAAUAGAAACGGCCCUUUCCUUUGUGAGACAAAGGAGCGGCAAAGCCAUGCAAAGAAUGGCAGCACCGAAUGAAUGUGAACAAGGAGCAGCAGAAUGAAAGAGCCAGAAUGAGGAGUUGCUCUAUAAUAUGGUUGCAAAGGAACGCAGCCAAUCAGAACGAGAGGAGCUGUCAGCAUUUCCUGAACAUCUGGCAUGGAAUUCCAUCUUGAAAUCGGAAUAACGCAGCAGUGGUUCCGAUUGGCUGAUCAAGUGAGGGUUUCGAUGCUGCUUUACCUUCUAAUUUUAUUUGAGAGAGAUAGAAAAAGAAUAAAAGGAUAUAAUAAAAGAAAUACAAACCCAGUAAACGAAAAAUGACUCCAAAACAAAAAGUUCAAAUCUCGGAGCUGGAGCUGUUUGUUUCUUUUUUAAUUUUUUUUUUUUUUUUUGAACUGAAAUUUGUGUGUUCGUUUUUUGAUGCUUAACUGCUCUAUGUAAGAGAGAAAAACAACAGCCGUAGUCACUUUUUUUGACCAUGUGUGCAGUGUAAACUAGAGAAAUUUCACCUCACUAUAGUUUGUAACGAUUAGUUGACUGCUCUGUUUGUCUGUGUAUAUGUCCUUCAUCUUUUUAUCAAGAGGAAUUUACAAGAAGAAACAGGAAUAUUUUCUUUUUUUUAUAUUUUGUUUUCUUUUUUUAUGAAAACAGAAAUAAUGCAACAGAAACUGAAAAAAAAAACUGAAACACAAUCUACUCAUACCUCACACAACACAAAGCUUAAAUGAACUUGGUAGGAGUGCUUAUCUGCGUGGCACUUAUGUCAAAGGGUGUCCAGCGCAUGUGUUGAACUGUACAAUGGAGAGUAUGUGCGAGAGCGUUCAUGUGAUCGCGGAAGCACACAGCCCCCUCCUUCGGCCUCGAAAGCCCAUCUGUUUCAGAUUUACACCAGUUGCAUGCAUCAGCCUCCAUUUGUGAAUGGUGUCACCUGAGCUGAUGCGACGAGCCGUAAUGGGAGCGAACGGGAUGCGAUGUGGCUGGAAGGCUGGAAAGGGAGUAGUGUGCAUCCGUGACAGCAGAGAGUGCUUUAGGGUAUUGAAUGUAGCUGACAGGACUGGGCUGGAACCAAGCCCGGGAACUAGAACCUCACUUCAGGUCACCAGCAAGAGUGGACAGUGCUGUCAAAAUGAUGUUACACAAACAGCUCACUAGGCGUAUAUUGCCCGCCUUCAAAGUGCAAUACUUGUGUUUUUUGUUAUGUUUUUCUUUUUUGAACUUUUACAAGAUUUUUGGCCAUAACCAAGGAUGUAAAUACAAUCAAAAAAAAGAUAUUGAAAGAUUAAAUCUCUGUGUUAACCAUAUGCAACCAUCACAUACUGGAUGUCGAGGCCAGAACGCAGCCCGUGCGCAGACUGAUCCUUCCAUUUUUGUAAAUUAAAUCUGCUUACGUAGCGCUGUAAAUGCUUCACACAUCUGUAUGUGUGCUUUUGUGCACUCGCAAACGUGCAUGUUCAAUACAAAUAUGAAGAAUAAGAAGUGCCCCAUGAAAUUAAUAAUCCAACCCUGUGCCUCCGCAACCCUCUGGCCCGCACUCAAACCGCUCUUUCUGACAGGGUAGCUAGACGUACAUUUGUUUGCUAUGUCACAUUUCUGGUAUUGAUAUAGGUGGUUAUGGUCUGGUACCCAGAAGCACUUAACUGGCCUUGCUAAUGCCAAUCACUUUCCUUAGUGGAGAACAGUAGAUACUAUUUUUUUUUUGCUUUGGUGGUGGUGUAGGUUUGUUUCUCGUCCUUUUUUUGUUUUUUUUACCAAAUUUUGUGUUAAGACAAAAAAUGCCCAGAAGCGAAAAUGUCUAUGCAAUGCUAAACCCUAUGAUAGCAUGAUGACUGUGUCACUGAGCCCUGAUUAGCGGACAUGUCUCUUUCUGAACACUUCCCCUCCCAGAGUCCCACCCACCGCAACUGCAUGAGCCUCAGUCAUUUUGUCUGUUCAUCGGUCAGUGUCAUAGUCAAGGGAAGGAUGGCCCUAACUGCUGCCUGGCUGAGACCUGCUUUGUCAAACCUUGCAAAUUUGAGGGCGCUAGUUCAACUUUCCACUGAUGAUGUCAUCCGCUGUCGAGAGACUGCAUUUGUGUUUCUAUGUAUGUGUUUGCGUCGAAUGCUCUCAUGGUUCGGUGGAUUGCUACUACCUGUUAGAAACAAAACGGCAUUCCAUGUAUUCAAAAUGAAAAACACGUUUUUUAGAAACACUUACCAAAACAUCAUUAAUAUUCAACCUUGAAAUGUAUUUUAGUUGAUAUUCCCUCCCCUCUCAGCUGUCGAAGUAAAACUCAGACCAAAGUUAGUCUUAAAGCUGAAGUGUGUCAUUUUUAAUGCAAAAUCAACUACUAUUUAUGUUAAAAUACUUCAUUAAUACACGGAGAUUACUAUAAAUAAGCCAUUUCUAGGCCGAUUUCACCAAAAAGCAUAUACACUGUGUCUCUAAAGGCACUUUCGAAGCAUUUCACCAGCCUGGCAACAGCGCAACCAAUGGCGUGAGUUUUGAGUUGGGACUAUCAGUUUUAUCUAGCUAAUAGCAGAAGAGGGGAGUGGUUUGGAAACCUGCCAUUGCAUUUAAUGACACUAGUUGUGCAGAAAUCACACACUUCAUCUUUAAUACCGUAUAUGCGAAACCCCAACUGAAUGAAAG